UAUUAAUAAUGGGAGGAGCUUUUGGAAAAAGGAAAGUGUAAGUACUAGUAGUUGGUUUAGAUAACUCUGGAAAGACCAGUAUCAUAAAUGCUUUGAAAAAUGAAAAGAAUGCAACAGUUGCUCCAACAGUUGGAUUUAAUAAGGAUUCUGUAGAAAAAUUUAAUCUGAAUUUUUAAUUCUCAGAUAUGAGUGGAUAAAAUUAAUAUAGAGGAAUGUGGGAAUAAUAUGCAACAAAAGUAUUGUGAUUAAUAUAGAUAGAUUGAUGGCCUAAUUUUUGUAAUUGACUCAUCAGAUAAAAUCAGAUUUGGAAUAGCCCUUGAUGAAUUUAAAUUGUUAUUGGAGACUCCUGGAUUGGAUAAAGAUCUUCCAAUUUUAGUGUAUGCAAAUAAAUAGGAUUCUCCUGAUGCAUAAGCUCCAUAAUUUUUUAUUGAUUAUUUUGAAUUGAAAUCAUAUAAAAAUCCAUCUUAAUGUUUUGGAGGAAGUGCUAAAACAGGAGUUGGUUUAGAUUAAGGUUUAGAAUGGUUAAGUGCAAAGAUUUAAUAAGUUAGACCAAAAUGA